AUGGACAAAGUACUAAUUAUAUUACUAUCCAUCCUAAUUGGAUUCAUAAUCAUACUUAUCCAAUUUUUUUUACAAUCAGGAGGAUUAAAAACCAUAAAAUUAACCAAUAAAUCAUCCCUCUAUUAUAAACCAAGUUUCAUCAUAUGUGGAGCCAACAAUAGUGGUAAAACCGCCUUAUUCUAUCGUCUAGUCAGCCGCACAAGUGCAGAAGAAAAAGAAGAAGAAGAAGAAGAAGAGAAGAGGAAUGAAAAGAUCACUACUACUGUGUCUUCAAUUGAGCCUAAUUUUGGUGAGAUUAAAUUACCAAUUACGACUCCAAGUAUAGGUAAAUCUUAUCAAUUGGUUGAUUAUCCGGGCCAUUUAAAGUAUUGGAACUUGUUUACAAAGUUGAUCAAGAAUGAUAUUACGUUAUCUAAUAUUAAGGGGAUAGUAGUCGUGAUUGAUUCAAGUAGUGCCAACUGGUCCAAAAAUGGAAGUUCUACUGGUAAUGGUGCUGGUACUAGUGUUGAAGUGGAAAAGAUUACCAAGUUCUUGUACAAUUUAUUAGCUAUAACCGAACGCAAACAAAAUGGAAUUGAUUUCUUAUUUGCUGUCAAUAAAUCCGACUUAUUUGAUUCAUUACCAAUACACAAAAUUAGAAAUAUAUUGGAAUUGGAAAUUGAUAAAUUGAUCCAUAAUGAAAUCAACAAUGUUGAUAAAACCUCAGGAAUUGACGUAACUGAAGAACUUGAAGAUAACAAUAAAGAGGUAAAUGACUCUGCUAGUGCUGGGUAUAGAGAGAAUUUACGUGAAUUUUGGUUGAGUAUAAUUGGAUCUAGUGAUGGUCAAUUCACCUUUGAUAAAUUGGAAGGUAACAUGGAUUUUAUGAGUGGUAGUGUUUUGAAGAAUAAGAUUGAUAAAUGGGAAUGUUGGUUUGAUGAAAAAGUUGUUAACACUUAA